GCUUCGCCGACGACGAACUAUGGAUCCUAGUCGCUACCAACAUUUGAUGCAGUUUCUACACCCGGCCACGUCAUAAACCGCCCAAUUUAGCCCUGAAGUUUACCGGCCUCGUUUGCGCUUGAUGAGUUGGCUCUCUUCCUCGGUCUUGACCUUGAGGCGAAACGAGCAUUGAUAUGCUGUUUCAUCGUAAUCUUGAGGACGCACUGAUUUACCGAGAGUUUUGUGCCCUAAAUGCCGUUUGACGUCGUCGUCACGAACCCACACAGUUCCCUUCACGACAGUACUCACGUUCACAAAGAAAGCGACUCAGGCACGGUCAAGUAUCACUCUUUUCUCCUUCCCCCCUGCAUCUGUAAAUCCCUUUCUCGAGGCGGUCGACACCAAUUUCAGCCCUCCAAGUUCAACUCUUUGGUUGAGAGGCUGGUCUUGAUCACGUUCUUUUGUUUCUUUUUCGUUCCUCGGCCCCCGACAUUUUCUUCCGACCAUCUCCCUUCCGUUCAUGCUCUCGCCGUGCCUUCCACGGCUAUCAUGCUACCUCGCCUUCAUUCUCUACCAUUCUAUCACAGCCACCCACGCACUCUAUAUAUCUCCAGUUCCUUACUCCCAUCAACACAAUCUCUCCCCUCGCAAUGUUGUUGUGACAAAAGCGUCAAACGGUUCGACUGUCAUCAUUGAUCUAAGCACGAAUCAACAAGUCCCUCAAGGUCCCGCAACGGAUGGAAGUGGGAGCAACUUUUCACCGCCGGCGUUGAUAUGGUUGGCUUAUUGUAUCCUUUUGGGACUGCCUUUGGCUCUAGCUGGUAUUCGAGGAUGGAGGUUGACUACUGGAGCUGGCAUUGGGGUGUGUUUUGCUGUAGCAGCAUGGGCAGCACUUAUCAACUCUGUGAAUGAGAUUGGAAUACCCGAUCUCAUUCUGACAUUGGUCGUGAUUGCGUUUUCGUUCCUUGGAUUUAUUCUCGGUGUAUUCCGCUUUGCCUAUAGAGGUGGGAUUGUUGGGAUGACUCUCGCCGGAGGAAUAGCAUUUGGAAUUCGAAUUAUCCUCAUUCAACCGAAUCUCUUGAUUUCGGCGGACAACCUUUAUGCUUUGAAUUGGAUCAUACCAGUUCUUUGUAGCGUGGUUGCGGGGUUGGCGUUGAUCCGGUGGCAGAGGAUUGCUUUGUUGUUUGGAUGUACUUCGGUUGGGACAUUUUUAGUGUUCCUUGCCGUGGACUUGGUGGUCAACAGACAAGCUGGGAUGAGUAGAGGCCUUCGGUAUUUGUUUGACCGAAAUAGCAAUCAUCUUGCAGACAUAGCGACAAACGGCUACCAUCCCACUUUAUCCACUCGAAUCCUGAUACUGGCCUCUCUUGGCUUUACACCUAUCCUUGCUUAUACCCAACACCGUAUAUUCCGUACACCGUUCAAUAGGAAAGAAGAGCCUUCCGAUGAACUGUUGUCAGAGAAUUAUCCGACGGAUCUCAGGGCGGCGCCUGAAGGGGCAAAAUUAAAGUCGGCUAACCGGUUUAGUUUAUAAUUUUUGAUUGUACUUGCAGGGUUUUGUAUCCCUUCCUGUUUUUACUCUACCAGUGUUGGAGAAGCUAUUCGACCGCCUUUCUAGCAUUUUCGUCCA